AUUUAGUUACUUUUUAUGGAAAGUAAUGCAUUACUUCUUAUCAACUGAGCUGGGCUUGCUCAUUUAUUGAAGGAAGUAAAAAAAGAGUUUGAAAAAGAAAAAGGUUUUAAGAAAAUUUGAAAAGAAAAACAAAAAGUAAUCUUGAUUACAUAACUCAUGUAAUGCAUUACCCCCAACACUGAUGGUUACUUUUUAUUCAGUGGUUACACCACAUGACAUCCUUUCUUGAAAAUAAUUUAUAUAUUUUUUUUCUUUUCUUUUCUUUCUUUUUUUUUGUUAACAGACCAUUUGAAACCAGCAUUUAUACUAAGACUACCUGGUGCAUGUAGUCUAACCCAAACAUUAUUCAAACACAAAACACGUUCAAGAAGAAAAGUAUAAGGAUUUAUCUUAAAUGUCUAGUUUGCUUAGCGUUAUCAGUUUUGAUAUUGUGUGUCUAAUGCUAUGUUGCUUUCAUGGGAGGUAUAACAGCUGUGCUACGGGAAUUCCUAACCUGACUGACAGAAACACUUAUAUAAAGUGUGGUUACUUGGUGUUAAAUUGGCAGGACUAAUACUGGAAUCGAAAAGCAAAUAUAGGCCAUUAUAAUCAGCAUACUAACACUGUGUACACAUAAUAGUGAAUCGCUGAUAGUAAGCUGAUAGAUACCCCAUUUUCUUCUUCUUUUGCAUUCAAACCAUUAUUAAGCUAUUUUAAAUCCAUUGUACAAUACAUAUAUCAAUCUACAAAUAGAGAAAGAAUAUUGGUAAUCCGUCUGGACUGGCCCAUGCAUCCAAUGGCUGCACGUUACUUAUUUGUCAUAGGACUUUAUAUUUAAUUUCAAAUAUAGCAUUUGUACCUUGCAUAUGAAACAGAUUUUCUAUAUAAAAAAUGCCUUUUGCAUAUACAAAUCCUUAAAACGAUACAUUGUGGGAAGGGGAGCAAGCUUUUACAUCUGCGUUCUCUCAAAAACUGAUAACGAUUUGUUUUCCAGCAAGCAUAUUUUCUGGUGUAUAAAUCACGGAGACCACUCACAAACACGUUCCCGCCAGUCCUGAAGCACGAUGAAGCUCCUGAUACUGGCGGCGCUCUUUGGGUUGGGUUUUGCCCAGCACAACCCAAACAUGAAAAAUGGUAGUACUUCUAUUAUUCAUCUGUUUGAGUGGCCGUUGGCAGAUAUAGCCGAAGAAUGUGAGAGAUACCUGGCACCAAACGGCUUCGGAGGAGUUCAGAUCUCUCCAGCAAGUGAGCACGUCAAGCUGUCCAAACCUUUUCAUCCUUGGUGGCAGAGGUAUCAGCCGAUUGGCUACAACUUGUGCUCCAGGUCAGGAACUGAGGCAGAGCUGAAAGACAUGAUCACACGCUGUAACAACGUUGGGGUAAACAUUUAUGUGGAUGUUGUCAUCAAUCACAUGUGUAAAUCAAUCCAUGGAGAAGGCACUCCUUCCAGCUGGACAAAGUUCAAUGGCAACAAGGAGGACUUUCCCUCUGUUCCCUACUCAUAUUUGGACUUUAAUGAUGGCAAAUGUAAAACUGGCAGUGGGCACAUUGAAAACUACAAUGACAUUUACCAGGUCAGGGAUUGCCGCUUGGAAGAUCUUCUGGACUUGGCCCUGGAGAAGGACUAUGUUAGAGGAAAACUGGCAGAUUAUCUGAACAAACUGAUUGACCUGGGAGUGGCUGGAUUCAGGGUUGAUGCUUGUAAGCACAUGUGGCCUGGAGACCUUACUAACGUCUACGGCAGACUCAAGCCACUCAAUACCAAAUGGUUUCCAUCUGGCACCAAACCCUUCAUUUUCCAAGAGGUUAUUGACUUGGGUGGGGAGCCCAUUAAAGCCAGUGAGUAUUAUGGGCUUGCAAGAGUGACAGAAUUCAAACACAGUGUGAAACUGGGCACAGUGGUUCGUAAAUGGGAUGGAGAGAAGUUAAGCUAUCUGAAGAACUGGGGAGAGGGCUGGAGUUUCAUGCCUUCUGAUAGAGCUGUGGUGUUUGUGGACAAUCAUGACAAUCAGAGAGGCCACGGCGCUGGCGGAGCUUCUGUUCUGACGUUCUGGGACUCCAGGCUUUAUAAGAUCGCUACAGGGCUCAUGUUGGCUCAUCCAUACGGUGUGACCAGAGUCAUGUCUAGCUACCGCUGGGAUCGUAAAAUUGAUGAAAAUGACUGGAUGGGCCCUCCAAGCCUUUCUGAUGGAUCCACAAAGCCAGUACCUAUAAACCCAGACUCCACCUGGGGGGACAACUGGGUAUGUGAGCACAGAUGGCGCCAGAUCAGAAAUAUAGUGAUUUUCCGUAAUGUGGUCAAUGGUGAGCCUCUCUCCAACUGGUGGGACAACGGGAAUAAUCAGAUCGCCUUCAGCCGUGGCAGUAAAGGAUUCAUUGUCAUUAACAAUGAUGACUGGGCACUGAACGUGACGCUGAACACUGGCCUGCCCGUGGGUACAUACUGUGACGUGAUCUCUGGAGAUAAGAGUGGGAGCACUUGCACAGGAAAACAGGUGUCAGUGGGUUCUGAUGGACGAGCCACCGUCAGCAUCAGCAACACAGACGACGACCCGUUCAUUGCCAUCCAUGCUGACUCCAAACUGUAGAUUCAGUCAGGAUAUAAUUACAAUAAAGCAGAAUCACUGAACUGAAAUGUCUUAUGCUGUCUUGUCUUUUGAACACAGAAUACUAAAGUGCAAUUUUGAGAAAUGCUCACCUCAUGUUUACAGUUAAAACUAAACAAGACAGACAUAAUUUGUUUAAUGACAUAAUCUGUCAUGAAUGACCGUUCUCCUUCUUCUGACCGGUUGUAUUCACCAAUUUCAAAAUUCCACAAUAUUCCAAAUACUAUUCUAAUAUCCCUGCAGCAAAUCACAUGCACAAUAGGAGUCAAGCACUGAAAUGCUUUCAGUAAGGGAAAAACACAGGAUCUAUAGUUGUGCUCUUUACAGCAUGCCAUGUGCAUAUUGGAACGAGAAUGAUAAACUUUGUAAACAGCAAAUGGUAGUGAGACUGGAGGGAAGAACCUGCGCAAGAUAUGUAGCGAUCACUCCUGGUUAUGGAGAUUUUUAAGCUCAUAAAGGUGCCCUUGAAAGUAAGUAUUCAGUGAGUCAGCACAGUAAGUAAGAGAAAAUGGUAUAAAAUGCAUAAAAUGGUAUAAAAGCAUUCUGCUUAUGAAAAGAACAGCAUUAGUCAGCAGGUGGCAGUCUGGUACAAACAAUAUGCUACAUGUCAGAACAGUCAGUGGCAUCCAAAU